AUUGCCGUCUUUGUGCGGUGGGUCUGACUCUAUUGUUCUUCAGGGACCGGAAAAAAUUGGGUCGAAUUUAUAUUCACAUCAGUGUAUCCUCUCCUUCCUCAAACCUUUUACCUUUGUGUUCUACAAUGGCUUCUAGCAACACCACUACCACUGGGGUUGAUAACACGUUCAGAAAGAAGUUCGAUACGGAAGAGUAUCGGGAACGAGCACGUGAACGCGAAAACAAGGAGUCGGACCGGUCUAAGUCUCGGUCCAAAGGCCCUCCUGUGCAAAGAGCACCUUUGAAGCAUAGAGAUUAUCAUGUAGACCUGGAAUCUCGUCUGGGGAAGACACAGGUUGUUACACCGGUAGCGCCUCUAAGUCAGCAGGCCGGUUAUUUCUGUCGCGUUUGUGAAUGUGUUGUUAAAGAUUCGGCAAACUACUUGGAUCACAUAAAUGGGAAAAAACAUCAAAGGGCGUUGGGAAUGUCUAUGCGGGUGGAGAGAUCCUCUCUUGAACAAGUCCAGGAGCGGUUCGAGGUGUUAAAGAAGCGUAAAACGCCUGGAACUUUCACAGAACAAGACUUGGACGAACGGAUCCGGAAACAGCAAGAAGAAGAGGAAGAACUAAAACGGCAGCGGCGGGAGAAAAAGAAAGAGAAGAAGAAAGGGAAGGUGAUGGAAGAGGAGCCUGAAAUGGAUCCCGAGGUUGCAGAGAUGAUGGGGUUUGGGGGAUUCGGAUCUUCCAAAAAAUCAUGAGGAGCAUCAUCAUUUGAUCAUUUGUGUCUUUAUGUUGUAAAACGUUUUUGAUCCAAAGUUUGAUACUUUGUAAUCUAUCAUUUCAUAAUGAGAUCGUUUCAUUGUGCCUUACAAAAGGAGAAA